ACUAGUUACUUACUGCACGUGUUGCAAAACAAGAUGGUUCGUCCAAAGAAAAAGAGCAAGCGAAUGGAGGCCAAGCACAAAUUUAAAGUCAAGAAAAAGGUUGCAGAACACAACAGGAAACUGCGCAAGGAAGCUAGAAAAAGUGGAAUCUCAAAAAAGAAAAAGAAAGAUCCAGGGAUCCCAAAUCUUUAUCCAUUCAAAGACCAGCUCCUGAGACAAAUGGAAGAAAAGAAACUUAAGGAUGAAGAAUUUAAGAGAAAAAUGAAAGAAAAGCGAUUGAGAGAAGUCAACAAAAGAAGAAAUUUGUUCAAUUUACAAGAGGAUGCUAUAAAACGAGCAAAGGAAUUUGAAAAAAAGAAAGCAAUGAAGGAGAACUCAAAGGAUGUAGGAUUUGUCAUGGGUGCUAGAAAUGAAACUUCACUCAAAGCUUAUUACAAAGAAUUCAAGAAGGUUGUAGAAGCAGCAGAUGUCAUUUUAGAAGUUUUAGAUGCAAGAGAUCCAAUGGGAUGUAGGUGUCCACAGGUUGAGCAAUCUGUAUUGGCAUCUGGUAGCUCAAAAAAACUUGUUCUUGUUUUGAAUAAAAUUGACCUUGUUCCAAAAGAAAUAGCUGAAAAGUGGUUAAAAUACUUGAGGAAUGAAUUCCCUGCCGUUAUUUUCAAGUCAUCAACGCAAACUCAGAAACAACACUUGAGUCACAGUAAAGUAUCCAUUAAUAUGGCCAACAAGGACAUCUUAUCAUCAAGCUCCUGUGUUGGUGCCGACACACUGUUAAAACUUCUUGGAAACUACUGUCGUAAUAAAGAUAUUAAAACUUCAAUAACAGUUGGUGUUGUAGGUUUUCCUAAUGUUGGAAAAAGCAGCAUCAUUAACAGCUUAAAACGAAGUAGAGCAUGUGUUGUAGGAAAUACACCAGGGGUUACAAAGUCAAUGCAAGAAAUCCAGUUAGAUAAACAUAUCAAGCUACUAGACAGUCCAGGUAUUGUGAUAGAUACUGGUCACUCUGAUGCUGCAGUGAUUCUCAAGAACUGUGUCAAGAUUGAAAACAUUGAUGAUCCUGUUCCCCCAGUAGAAGCCAUUUUAAGAAGAUGUAGUAAAAAACAGGUUAUGGAGAAAUACUGUGUUCCAGACUACAAAGAUGUCAAUGAGUUUCUUACACAUUUAGGAAAGCGUCUUGGAAAAUUGAAAAAAGGUGGUGUUCCUGACAUUUCUGCUGCUGGUAAAAUGGUGUUGCAAGACUGGAAUAGUGGCAAAAUCCAGUUCUAUACACAUCCCCCAGAAAUACAUACAAUGCCAACUCAUAUUUCAGCUGAAGUUGUUUCAGAAUGGAGCAAGGAAUUUGACCUCACCUCACUGCAGAAGGAUGAGGAAAACGAAUUGCAUGGCCUUGGGAGCCCUAUGGAAGAUGCAAUGAUUUUAGAACCAAGUAAACCCACGGAUUCAUUACAACAAGAUGAAGAAGAUUCAAUGGAAUCAGGUGAGGAUGAAGAGUGUCCUAGUGAUGAUGAUGAAGAAAGUGAUGAAGGAGAAUCAGGCGAGGAAAUGGAUGAAAGCGAGGAAGAGCAAGAAGACAUGACAGUUGUAUUAUCAAAACCAAAGACUUCAAGUACAGACCCUGUAAUCAAAGAAAAAGAAAAACCAGUAUUGAGUUUUACUGAACAAAAUGAAUUUAAUCAACAAUUAAACAAAAAUAAGAAAAAGGAAUUUAAGAAGCAGCAAAAAGAAAAGAGAAAAAGAGAAAACGUGAAAGAUAGCCACAUGGAUGAUGAUGAAGAUAACGAAAUGUACUCUUUUGAUACAGACUUUGUUUGACAUCUUAAUAAAUUAUGUAAAAUUUAACUGUGAACACUAAAUGACUCUUAUCGAUAUCCAUGC